UUCUGACUGUCAACUAUCUUCAAGUGCUACAUUUAACAUUUGAAUAACCAGACCAGACUAAAUAACCCGGUUUUACAGUCAAACUAGAGGCUUUCCUUUGUGAAUUAGCACAUAACGCUAAGCUAUUGGUAAUGAGCGUCAGAUAGUUAACGUCCAGUUACACUUCAACAGGAGGAGCGAGGCCGCCCGCUCGUUCUCACGGUGAAACAAUGGCGGCUGAGUGGUUCAGGAAGACCCCUUUCCUUCAAAUCUGAAAAAGACCCCUCAGAGACUUGAGUAACUUGACAACGUCUUCAACGUGGCUGGUUAAUGUCUUUCGCGGGCUAAAGGAGGAGCAGAGCGGGUUUGACCAAUGACAACUUUAAUGGCAUUGUGAAUCUAUCUAGGAUUAGUGACACGUUGAACUAAGCUAAGCUAACUGGCUAGCUGACAGCUAACUGGCGAUAGCGGCCUGUCGGAGGCUCCACUCCGUCCCGGACGACCAUGACUACUCCGCAGCCCCCCGCAGUCUCCCAGAGAGUGCAGCUAACUUUCAAGCUGUUUAUGCUGGAAAUUGCCCGGAAUACACUCGAACAAGAACUUGUCGACCUCACCAAAAAGGCCUAUGAAGACGUUCAAGGUUUCUUGAAUGCAUCUAUUCCCGCUGCUGGUGUGUUCUGUGAUUUGGUUAAGGCUCUGGAUAAAAAAUGUGAAAACAUUGACAAGGUCUGCGGGUCAUUAAAACACCUCACAGUUGAGACACCUGAAUCAAUAACCCAAGCUGAAGACAAAGAACAUUCAGUAAUUUCUGAGGAGAAACUCCCUUCAGAUGCUGCAAUUCUUGCAUCUGCAAUUAUUGAGAGACCUGAGAAUAACCCGGAGAGACCACCACCACCACUGCCUCCCAUACAAGCUAUACUCCCAGAGAUCUGUAACACCAUACCAAUGAAACUAAAACAACUAAUGAUCUGGGGAUGUGAGGAAGAUGUCCAGGUGCAAGACCAAAAACAAACAUCCUCUCAGCUGCUUCACUUCCUCAGAGCAAAAACUAAAAACAUGGGUGCACUAGAGGCCACGGUCAAGAGCAUGUGCGCUUCAAGUUUGCCACAGGGGCCUACUGUCAAAAAACAGGGCUACCAAUUCAGACAAGUUGUGAUAAAUGCACUGGCUCCAAAAACAUUAUGUGCAGACAUUGAGAACCAAGGCCCAGUUUUCCGGGUUAAGAGAGUGCAAUUGAGUGGCUCUGUAACCUACACUUUGGUAAUUGCAACAAAGACUGAAUUAUGGGAUAUUGGAGACAUAUUCACAGAGGUGGGACAUGGGGAGUCUGAAGCUCAUCGCUCUGAUAACAAAGAGUGCCCAAAUCAAACAGCUCAAGCGGACUCCAGUCUAAACAUCCAGUUGAAGAGCCAAGCCCUCCAAUGCACAGAACCUGAACAUGUGAGCCGUGUGGCCGACGCAAAAGGACCAGCGGUUCACUGCAUUCCCAUUCCUGACUUCCAAAUACGGAGGUUUGAAGAGACUGAAGUUGUGGUGUCUUGUAUUGUGAGCCCGGGCCACUUCUACGUACAGCAUGCAGAUGCCGUGGUGACGCUGCAGGCCCUGUUCGCCGACAGCUGCAACGCCAGUAGUUCACACGCCGAGCCAAGCUGCAUUCCAGACAUUGGAGCGAAAGUAAUGGGUUGGUUCCCUAAGCAAGGACAAUGGUGCAGGGUUCAGGUGACGAAGAUCUGUGGAGUGAGUAGAGACAAUAAUACCGCUGAUGGUGCCGGGAGUGGGACAUCCAUCAAGUUGGAGGUGAAGAAGCUGGACUACGGGGACACCGCCUGCCUGUCCCUGUUGAACAUCAAAGAGCUGACCCCAGAAAUGGCCGUCCUUCCUCUGCAGGCUGUCAAGGUCUCGAUGGAAAACGUGACGCCUGUGAAUGGGAGUGACUGGUCUGAGGAGGCAGUGGGCUGGUUCAAAGCAAUAGUGCACAACAGAAUGCUCUAUGCCAGACUUUACCCGCAGGGGCCCACGGUUACAGUCGAGCUGUUCCUGGAAAAGGGAAAACUUGGAGCUAUGAGGAGGGGUGCGUCCCUGUCUUUGAGGCUGGCCCAGAACGGACACGCCAAACAUAACAAACUGUGCAACAUGGGUCUCGUGAAAAUAAGCGCAACUCAACAGAAAAAGAGACAACAGGAGUUGGAGUGGGAGAAGUACCUCAUCUCGUGCUAUAUUCAAAGUAAGAAGUAAUUCAGAGUAGCGAAGGUUUCUAGUUUUGUUUGGCAGCCAACAAACCGUAUCAAAUCUGAAUAGUAAUGGCGGAUAUUUAAAUAUAUAUGUGUGUAAUGUAAAUGCCCAUUGUAAUAAGGCUGAACGCACUGAUUGGACUGGCACACAAUAAGUAACUUGUAUGUCUGGUGAUUGUAGUGUAGUGUGUUGUAGUGAGUGUAAAGAUAAUGUUCUCUAUAACAUCAUUGCAACUAAAUAAUAUAUGUCCAGUAUUUAUGGAACGUACAUUCAUGUUGAUUGUUUUCCUUGAGGAUUUGAUAAAUAUUGGUUUUAUUAAUAACUUUUUUAGACUGCAUGUAGGAUGUGUGGGGACAUGAACACCUAAUAGUAUUAUUUAAACGUCUUAUUUAGAACAUUUUCCCUUUGUACUUAACACCUGGCAUUUGCUACAAAACAGGAAGUGAUCCUGAGGAACUGUAUGUGAUGCAUACAGUAGGUCUGUUAUUUCCUUCUCCUUUCACAAUAAUCAUUGUUUGAGCUGUGUUGGUUUAGUUGAUAUUUCUGUGUUGUACAGUGGCGGCUGUAUUAUUAUUAUUUUGAAUUAACAUUGUAGCUCUCCUUUCAUAAUAAAACUGUACUCCACAA